AUGGAAGGAGACGCGACAAUUCGGCGCUUGGUCGAGCAGAUCGAGCAGAUCCAGCGGCAAAAUACCGAAGCCCUCGAAGCCAUGCAUGCCCAGCACCAAGCUGACCUAGAGGCUCUACACGCAGAAAAUGAGCACAUCCAUUCCCAAUUUCACCAACAACCCCCUAGCCAACCUCCUCAGCAAAACAAUGACCAUGAGGAGGAACACCAAUCCCCUUCGUCGCCGCCAAUGUCACAUCGAUCACAUGCACCAACACAUCGCUCUGGUCAUGAGGUCAGCCAUGCAAACAUGCAGGCUUUCCCACAUCAGCUGGGUGUCAAACGCCACCCAUUUAUCGAUGGAAUCAUGGAGACACCUCUCCCCUUAGGUUGGAAGCCCCUAAACAUCGAUCGUUACGACAACUCGUCCGAUCUAGAUGAGCACAUUAACGCGUACAUCACGCAAAUGAACCAGUACACUAAUGACAACGCCCUAAUGUGUCGGGUUUUCCCAACCUCUUUGAAAGGCCCUACACUCACUUGGUACACUCAAUUGUCGACGGGAUCAAUUGAAAAUUUUGAGACCUUGGUAAGGCGAUUCACAACACAGUACGCGACGAGUCAGCCCCAUCACGUCACAUCAGCUGCCCUGGCCAACCUCAGACAAGGCGAGGAUGAGCCAUUGAGGAAAUUCAUGGAGCGAUUCGCCAAUGUGUCCAUCCAGAUCCACAACCUCAAUCCUGAAGUUGCCUUGCACUCCAUGCUCAUGGCAUUGAAACCAGGACCUUUCAUCGACAGCCUUUGCCGAAGACCUCCCCCCGAUAUGGACGAGCUCCGAGCUCACGCAGCUGGGUAUAUCCAAAUGGAAGAACAUGCCGAGUUCCGUGAGGCAAUCCGUGGAAAAAUGCAAGGUAAGCAAGACCAAGGUCACAAGGACAAGUUGAGGAACUUGAGCAGCAACCAAUUCAAGAGACCUCGGCAUGAUAGAGGUGGGAAGUAUGAUUUUUACACUCCCUUGAAUUCACCUCGGGUAUACAUCCUAGAAGAAGCUAGCAACACCGAAUUGAUCACUCUCCCACCACCUGGGCACAGUUCUAACAAUGUUGAUAGAACAAAACAUUGUCGAUACCACUGGAACUACGGUCAUACAACUGAAGAAUGUCGAUCGUUCAGGGACCGAAUUGAAGAACUUGUCCAGGGUGGUCACCUCAGCCAGUAUGUCCAGACGUCCCAAUCUCAUAGGGGAAGCUACUAG